AUGACCGCUAUCUGUCAGAAUGCAAACACGUUCCUGAUCUCUGCACGAGGCGCCUCAAGAGCGCCACGCAAAGCCUUUGCCUAUGACUUCAACCACAAUCGUGCUACACGGCGUCGAGGACGGGUAUGUCCAUCAGGACGACGCGGAUGGACCUCUCGACAUACAUGUCCAGAGAUUGCUGGCUCGGGUAACCAGGCGCAGCCAGAUGUCUUCCGUGCGGAUGGGCUACCAUGGUACACGACAGCCUUGGAACCAAAUCUUCCAGCUAUUGCUGGAAAGGUGCUCCGCCACAGACGUUCCAAUGGCCAGGUUGUUGAGCUAUCGGGUGUAAAGUACACAUGUGACGAGUUCCCGCCUGCCACGUGGAUCCAGGGAGGAUCCGGACUUCGGAACGCCGAGCCGUCCUACACCCGAUGCGCCGGAUUUCGUUGCGAGAGAGCUGAAGGUGGCAGGGACGCGGAGCAGAACUGGCAGGCUGCUGGGCAUAACCAACUUCGGCGCACACUCAUAACACUGGCAGGAAACUGCAUUCCUGGCUGGACUGAAACCUCCGAUUCACCGCUGAUGUUCUACUUCCGAAUGGUGAACGAGGAAAACGACACCCCCGUGAGGAUAUACGAAGCAGAUACUUCCACUGAUACCGAAAGAGAGGUUGAUACAACACCAUUGGGGACGCGGUCUGCCCGCGAAAGGGUUCAGGAAUUGAGGAAGAGAUCUCUUAAGGACUACAUGGAAUGGGCAGACACAGUCCCUCUUCACGAGCUCAGCAGCCACGGUUUUGGGGUGAAAACACAUCACAUCUUCAAGAAUCAAAGUUCCGCUCCGAUGGAUCUCGACAAGAGUGCAUUGAAUAUGUUCCAACACAUGAACUAUUCGCGAAGUACUAUUGCUGCUCGGAGCGAUACAGAGCGGCCAAACGACUGGAGCUUCGAGUUGGGUACCGUUGGAGGCUUUCGCCAAAAAGACCAGCAUUCCGAAUUUGAGCGUGGAGACUCGUUCAGCAGCCGGACAGACUCGGCUGACAGUACUUUGCUUUCCGACACGGAUGCACUUGCAAAGAACUUCACGACUGCAAGAAUUGCUGCCGCUACGAGGAUCGUUGAGGAAGCAUUGAACAGGUCAGCAGAAUACAACCAAGCGCGGUGGGAAAACAUGUCCCGCAAUCAGUAUCGCCUUAAACCCGGAACGAUCGUUGGAGGGUCAGGUGACGUCCUGAAUCCUGUACUGGGGAAGAAAAGAUUAGUCUUAGACUUCGUUGUUACCCCGGAGAUUGAGGCGGCAGCAGCACUUCUAACUGAGUUCGAAGCCUUUGGCAUGUCGGCCAACAACCAAACCACAACGGGCCGUAACGUAACCGAUCGAGUGAGUAUUGCAUCAGCAGCAGCUGCUGGUUCAUUCUGGAUGGAGACUAUAACAAGGAAAGGGACGGUUCCUUGGGGUAACGACCCUUCUUACAAGGUCUUUCGAAACGUCAAAGAUUACGGAGCAAAGGGCGAUGGCAAGACUGACGACACAGCCGCGAUCAAAAAGGCUAUGGAUGAAGGCAAGCGCUGUGGAAAAGGUUGCAAUGGCUCAAGCACCAAGAACGCUAUCGUCUACUUUCCCCAAGGAACCUAUCUCAUCAGUACUGUUAUUCCUGUUUACUUCGGUACGCAACUUAUCGGCGACGCCACCAAAUGGCCCACAAUUGUGGCCUCUUCAAGAUUUAUCGGAACUGCUGCCUUAUCUACCAACGAAUACACUGGCGGCGGUACUGGUAUAGACGGCAGCGAUCAGGAAUGGUAUGUCAAUACCGCAAGCUUUUACCGACAGAUCAGAAACUUCAAGAUCGACGUCACGCAGACGAGAGCGGCGUCACAAGUUGCUUGUAUUCACAAUCAAGUUGGACAAGCUACUAGUCUCCAGUUCUUGGAGCUGACCGCAAAGUCUGGCACUAAACAGCGGGGUAUUGCAUCGGAAAAUGGCAGUGGAGGGGUAUUGGCCGAUAUUACAUUCAAAGGUGGCGCAUACGGCUUGUGGGGUGGAAGUCAACAGUUUACGGUGCAACGCAUGGUUUUCGAUGGGUGUGCGACAGCAGUGCAUCUUAUGUGGGAUUGGUCAUUCACGUGGAAGUCCAUCACCAUCAAGAACGCCGACAUUGGUUUCAAGCUGCUGCCUGAAGAGAAGACGUCGACUGCCAAUCCGACCAAGCGAGCUACUCAGGAGAACGGAAACAUCGGUUCUACCAUGAUCCUCGACUCCACGUUUUCGAACGUUGGGACAGCAGUUCUUGUUGGCCCACUCAAUUCUGCCCCUGGCUCCGGCAGUACCGGGCUUGUACUGGAGAACAUUGCCAUGAGCGGCGUACAGAAAGCCGUGGCGGACAGCAGCGGAAAGACAAUUCUUGCCAGCACCGCGAAGAUCGACCAAUGGGUUGCUGGACCUAUCUACAGUCCAAAGAGAGAAUUCUCGAUGGGCAAAUCGACUACAUACAAGAAACCGGCUGGUCUUUUGGAUUCCAAGGGUGCGUACUUUGAACGUGCAAAGCCACAGUAUGAGGACAAGUCGGCAAGCGACUUUGUCCACCUCAAAAACUUCGGUGCCAAGGGGGACGGUGUAACGGACGAUACGAGUGCAGUUCAGAGCGCGUUGUGGGCUGCUAAAGGAAAGAUUCUUCACGUCGACGCCGGCACCUACAUACUCAAGCGCACCGUCACAAUUCCCAGUGGAAGCAAGCUUGUCGGCGAAACGUGGUCACAAUUCGCCGCAUCUGGCACCUUCUUCGGAGAUGCUAACAAUCCAAAGGCCAUGCUUUCUGUCGGUAAUCCAGGUGACGUUGGUGAGGUGGAGAUGCAGGAUUUGAUGUUCACGACCAAAGGACGGCGAUUCUGGUUCAGUGGAACAUCAAGGCAUCCAAGCCAGGACUGUCAUGUUCGCAUUGGAGGCGCAGCCGGCACGUCACUGAACCCGGAUGAGUGCCCGCCUGUGACAUCGGGAGUCAACGCGAACUGUCAGGGCGCCUCUUUGAUGAUGCAUAUCACCCCGAAAGCAUCUGGGUACUUUGAAAACAUGUGGCUUUGGGUGGCGGAUCACAUGAUUGAUGACGCAGAUUUAGUCGAUCCUAACAGUCCUAUGACGCAGACUUCAGUCUACGUCGCUCGCGGUCUGCUUGUCGAAAGCCAAUCACCAACGUGGAUGUAUGGCACUGCCUCCGAGCAUGCGGUCUUCUAUCAAUACAAUUUCAAUAAGGCGAAGAACAUCUUUGCGGGCAUGAUUCAGACCGAGUCACCGUACUAUCAGCCAACGCCCAAGGCGCCAGCACCCUUCGAAAAGGCCGUCGGAAAGUUUUCGGGUGAUCCCAAGUAUCAAUGCGAUGGCAAGGACUUUGACGGCUGCGAUUCAUCCUGGGCUGUCAUGAUACGCGAAAGCAGCGACAUCAUCAUCGGUGGAGCUGGCCUCUAUUCAUGGUUUUCGACGUACACACAAGACUGUAUCGAUGGCCAGACUUGCCAAAAGGCACUUUUGUGGCUUGAGAAGAAUGGACGCAACAUUCGGGUGCACCAUCUCAUCACUAUCGGAGCAAAGUAUAGUCUCGUUCAAGAUGGCCGCGCUAUUGCAGCCAAAGACAACCUCAACGUCGAGAGACAUCCGCACUGGUCCCAAAUAACCGUAUUUGAAGCGUCCAAGAACGAAAUCCAUUGGAUUGACCCCAAGAUCUGGGACCUGGACGAGCCGACUGUGUGGUGUGAGCCGCCAUGCCAACUCAAGCUCCCGCCCUGGGAGAAGAGCACUAGCACUCUCAAUUACCCAGUUGUGAUUGCCACUGGCGAGGGUUGGACGACAGCGAUUACUAAUAGCCCUGUUACAGUCACUCAAUGGGUCAUGGAAGUACUCACGGUUGGCGGUACGGCUUCUGAGGCGGCUGCAGUUACGGCAAAAGCUCGUCGCGAUGAAGUGAUCACCUCCGUCAAGCCAACGUUCACAAGUACUCCUGUUUGGCCAUCUUUAGUUUUCCGAGGUGGCGACGGUAAACAGAGCACAACCAGGCCGGCCAAACCAACGCAUCCAGGAUCACCAGACUGGCCGUUAAACGCGCUCGUCGUGAAGAGGGGUGAUCCAUCGCCAGUCGUCGAGCAGUGUAGCUUCUACGAUCCUGAUUGUUCUCCGGGAGGCUGGGAUAGUCAGUGGACUUUUGGAGGUAUGGAUGAACCCAGCGUCGAAGAAACCCUUGAAGACGAUGGACUUCCCUGCCCGUCCCCAACGGAAGAAGAAAGUUCAACUCCAACACCGACUCCGACACCAAAGCCUCCAACCGUCGAGUUCGAUAUACCCGAUACCAAGAACAACAAAAGGAGAUGCUAUCAUGCUAGCCAAUGGACAUCGCAUUCUCGAAUCAAAGAUGCGGCGAACCACCUUUGCGGAAUCAUCAAGUCUCGCGGUAGACUUGGACCUGGAGAUAUUGUGAAGCAAACGUUCUCAUAUUCGUAUGAUCAAUCUGAACUGGGAGCUAUUGGUGUCGAAACUUCGCUGGAGGUUAAGGCAGGGUGCGAGUUUGUUUACUCUGACGCUGCUUGCGAUAGAUACGUCAAUGUGCCUAUCGACAGCUGCAACUGUGCUGGGGAGAAUGGCAAGCAAGGUGGUGAAGUGGAGAACAAUUGCUACAAGUGGCGGCUUGAUCCUGAGAAGGAGGCCUAG